ACAACAUUGAUUUACAUAUAUAUUUUUCAAACAAUACUUUUUUUCAUUCUAGAAAAUAGUUUGAGUUGAGGAACAAAUCCAUAUAUAAAUAUAUAUCUAUAUAGACUUGUAAUUUUGAAAAUUGGAAAAUAUUUAAUUGAAAAAUAGUUUUGUUCACUUUUUUGUCGCGUUAAAUCAUGGCGUUCCAUUCGGUGGCUACAAUGGAGAAGCCAUUGCCUCAUAUAUCCUUGACGGAUUGGCAUGCUCGAGUCAAUCAGUUGCGUAAUGUGGCCGAUGCCCGUCGCACAGAUGCCUUUUCCAUUCGCCAUUCAUCGAGGACCUUGCGAAAUGAGACCAGAAUCGAGUGCGAUUGGGCCAACUAUGAGACAAAUGAGGCUCUAACUGAUCGCAUCUCGGAGCUAAAUCGCUGGCGUGAGAUUAUUUCGAAAACUUUCGAACGCAUUGAAAGGGAAAUCUUUUUGCUGCAGGAGGAGAAAGAUGCCACGGAACGUGAACUGGAGUCAUUGGCGGGACCCAUAUCGGUUAUAGCCGAAGUUCUUACCAUGCGCGAUGGACGUUCGGGCUCUGAGAUGACCUACGAUGAUGCCGAUACAGAAAUCAAAAAUGAAUUGGCCAUUUUGGAGAAUAAUCAACGUCUUUUGGCCGAUCGCUGCCAGAAGGCUUGGGAGAAAUUGACGCGCCUGGAGGAGGUCCGUUUUAAGAUUGGCCUGGAAAUUGAGAAUAAACUGGAGGCAGUGGAGCUUGAUGAAUCCCAAUUGGCUUUGGAUCGCAAUUCCGCAAAUAUAUCCUUCAAGCCUGAUCCCACUAGGAAUCCCAAAAAUUCCUGUUCUUAUGAGACUUGGUUGGAGCAUGUGAAGAACAUGAAGCAGCUAGCCGAGAACGAGCUAGCCGAUACCUAUGCCAUACGGGAGGCUCUCUUUGUUUGCCGUGAAAAGGCCCGUAAUAUGCUGCAAUCCCAGCAAGAACGUGCCGAGCAUUCCAUCAGGAAACGCAUCUUUGAGACCCAACGGGCACGCAAUGAACUCGAAUGGCAAAAGCUCAAGAUGAAGGAUGAUAUGGAGUUGGCAGUGUGUGAGAUCAAGACCCUGGAACAGGCCUUGAGGGAUAAAACUGAUGCCGUCAAAUUGGCCGAGACCCGUCUGGAGAAUCGUGCUCAGCGAUCGGGCAUGGAGUUGUGCAUAGAUCAGGCUCAUGAUAUGCUGUGCAUCGAGGUGGAGAAAUUACGUGAAAUUCGUCGUCUUCUUAUAACCAAGAUUGAUGAGAGUCGUGCCCAUUAUAAUAUGAUGGAGGAGCAUGCACAGAAAUGUGAUGUUGAUCUGGAGAACAAGCAACAUGCCCUGAUGACCGACAUUCGUGCCUUGGAUUUGCGUCAACGUCUCAAGGGCGGUGAAUUUGGUCUCAAACUGGCCAAUCCCAGUGCACAGACUGAUCGCAAUAUUGUCCUCACACGCAUGGAGAGCGAGAUACCAAAGAACUAGAGGUGUAUUCCCGUUUCUCCCUUUGUCCCGUCCCCCCCCAAUCGGGUGAUGUAUUCGUGUAGUUGUGGUUCCAAAAUUUAUGUGCGUAAAAAAUCCAAAAAUAAAAUAAUUUUGUCUCUUUAAA